UCCUCAAUUGCGGCUGAGGAGGAGAGAGAUUAUUUCCAGGGGAAAGCUUGGCAGGACGGGGGAGCGUUUCCGGGAGGCUGCUGCUCCUGCUGCCUUGCAACGUCCCUGAGGCCGAGCCUGGGGUGAUGCUGUGCUUUGGAAGCAGUGAUCAGAGUCUGAUUUUCAAGUAUCUAUGAGACAGUCCCACACUUCCAACAUUUCAUAGAUGAGAAGCGAGCAGUACUUCCAGAUCAAUUACAACAGGAUAUCAUCUCAGUCCAUUUGUGCGACUGCUGCUUGCAUCAAGGGCUAAAAAACGGGGCCUUCCACCAAAGCCUUCACCAAAGACUGGAGAGAUAAAACAAUUCUGCCAAGUCCUUUUGAAAACAGCUGAGGACUCGGGAUAAUGUGCUGACUGGCGCUAUGGGCAGGCGAUACCCAGGGGCUCACUAUCGUCAAAGCAAUUCAUGAUGGACAGAUAUGACCCUUCAGAUGUUUGUGGGCUACAAGUUCCAUCAGCUGCAAUCAACUGACUUAGCUAAAGUUGACUCUGGUGUGGAAACCUUGGCAGGGUUUAUGGCAAGCAACAGCACAACUGACAUUGUGAAUCGGAACGGUCCUGCCACUCCACCCAACACCCUUCACCUGCGCUCCUCCCACAAUGAACUCCUAAAUGCUGAAAUCAAGCACACGGAAGUCAAGAACAGCACCCCUCCAAAGUGCCGGAAAAAAUAUGCACUGACUAACAUUCAGACGGCAAUGGGACUUUCUGACCCUGCAGCACAGCCCCUCCUGGGCAACAAUUCCUCCAAUAUCAAGCUGGUAAAGAAUGGAGAGAACCAACUGAGAAAGGCAGCAGAGCAGGGGCACCAGGAUCCCAAUAAAAACCCGACUGUUCCGACAACUGCUGCAGGCAUAAAUAUAACCUCAGAGAAGUUGGAAGGGAAAGAGCCAAGCCAACAGGAUUCCUCAGGCAGUGAAAUCCUGCCCUCACAACGCCGGAGAACCAAGAGCUUCCUAAAUUACUAUGCAGACCUCGAGACAUCCACGAGGGAUGUUGAUCAGAAUUAUGGGAACAGCCAGGUGGUGGGAGAGGAGAAACUGUCCUCACAAUGCAACAAUCAACCAUCCACAGUGAUUGUUAAUGAGGAUGCCUUACCACAGAAAGCAAACAAGCCAACAAGUCCCGAAGAUGGGCAAGUAGCAACUGUAUCAUCAAGUCCAGAGACAAAAAAGGAUCACCCUAAAACUGGUGCAAAAACAGAUUGUGCACUACACCGGAUUCAGAACCUAGCUCCAAGUGAUGAAGACUCCAGUUGGACAACAUUGUCGCAGGAUAGUGCUUCCCCAAGUUCACCAGAUGAAACAGAUAUAUGGAGUGAUCAUUCGUUUCAGACAGACCCUGACUUACCUCCAGGCUGGAAAAAGAUCAGUGAUGUUGCUGGAAUCUAUUAUUGGCACAUACCAACAGGAACAACACAGUGGGAGCGUCCUGUGUCCAUUCCAGCAGAUCUUCAGGGCUCACGCAAAGGUUCACUCAGUUCUAUCACACCAUCUCCUACUCCUGAAACCGAGAAACAGCCAUGGAGUGAUUUUGCUGUGCUGAAUGGGGGAAAGAUUAAUAGUGACAUUUGGAAGGAUCUCCAUGCAGCUACAGUAAAUCCAGACCCCAGUUUAAAAGAGUUUGAAGGAGCAACAUUACGCUAUGCUUCUUUAAAGCUAAGAAAUGCCCCUCAGUGUGAUGAAGAUGAUUCCUGCAGCAUCAACAGUGACCCAGAAGCCAAGUGUUUUGCUGUUCGUUCUUUGGGAUGGGUAGAAAUGGCAGAGGAAGAUUUGGCUCCUGGAAAAAGCAGUGUUGCUGUAAACAAUUGCAUCCGGCAGCUCUCUUAUUGUAAAAAUGACAUACGAGACACUGUUGGCAUUUGGGGAGAGGGAAAAGACAUGUAUCUUAUCCUGGAGAAUGACAUGCUAAAUUUGGUCGACCCAAUGGAUCGCAGUAUUCUUCAUUCACAGCCCAUUGUAAGCAUCCGAGUCUGGGGAGUAGGCCGUGACAAUGGACGAGAAAGGGACUUUGCCUAUGUAGCAAGAGACAGAGAGACUAGGAUUUUAAAAUGUCACGUCUUUCGAUGUGACACACCAGCAAAAGCCAUUGCCACAAGCCUGCACGAAAUCUGUUCUAAGAUUAUGGCUGAACGGAAGAAUGCCAAAGCUGUAGCUUGCAGCUCCUUACAAGACCGAACAAAUGUUACGCUUGAAGUUCCCUUGCAAGUAGAUUUCCCAACACCAAAGACUGAGCUGGUGCAGAAGUUUCAUGUACAGUAUUUGGGCAUGUUACCUGUAGCUAGGCCAGUGGGUAUGGACACACUAAAUGGUGCUAUAGAGAGUCUGAUGUCUUCCUCUGGCAGAGAGGACUGGAUGCCUGUCACCAUGAAUGUUGCUGAUGCUACAGUGACAGUCAUCAGUGAAGGAAAUGAAGAGGAGAUUAUGGUGGAAUGUCGUGUCCGAUUCUUGUCUUUUAUGGGUGUGGGAAAAGAUAUCCAUACAUUUGCCUUCAUUAUGGAUACAGGAAACCAGCAUUUUGAGUGCCACGUUUUCUGGUGCGAACCCAAUGCAGGCAAUGUGUCAGAGGCUGUUCAGGCUGCUUGUAUGCUGCGGUAUCAGAAGUGCUUGGUAGCCCGACCUCCUUCACAGAAAGUCCGGCCACCACCUCCUCCUGCAGACUCAAUGACCAGAAGAGUCACAACUAAUGUAAAACGAGGGGUAUUGUCCCUCAUUGACACUUUGAAACAGAAACGCCCCGUUACUGACACGCCAUAGAAGCCCUGUGGGAAAACCAGGUCUCUUAGAAUGUCUAGCAGAAGAUACAGUAGCCACAUGAAAGGAGAUGAACUGAUUUUUGGCCUUCCAGUUGAAAUUAGUGAUGCUUUGUCUUUGGAGAAUUUACCCUUAUCAAAAUAAUAUUAGACAAGCAUGUUCUCUUGUCCUUACCACCAUCAUGUGAUAUGAAAAAAGCAUGAGUAAUUUUUUUUUUGCUGUGAGUUACACACCAUGAGAAAUUGAAGGUCUGUUUUCCAACUGUAAAUAUGAUGAACAUUACUAAAAUUCACACAUACACGAGAAAGGAAUAUGGCACGCCACUCCUAAUCUCUGGAGAGAACCAUGUCUGGAUUGGUAUUCAUCCCCAUCCUGAAAUGGAUUUGUCACAAACAUCCUUCAGUCCUGCAGCACUUUGCCCUCAUUUUUAACACUGACUUACGUUACUCUGGCAUUACUGUAAUAUGAGUACCAAGCUUUUUAAUUUUAUUUAUUUAUUUUUUUUUUUUACAAAAUGCAUUCAUUUAUCAACCUUUCAUCUUGUGUACCACAGUAGAUUAGUAUUUUAAACCUUUUGUCUGCAAGUCAGGUACAGUUCAGAAUGAGAAGCUUGCUAUACAAGGAGCACCUCUUUGUAGGAAAGUGUGAGCAGUUUUGUAACAAAGUCUGACAAUCACACGCAUGUCUGUUUCACUGCAUAUUCCAGAACCCAUCCCUUCCUGACACACACAACGGAACAGAUGUGCAAUAUUGUCACACAUUGUUAUUCACGUGUGAUUUUUGUGAAUUUGCAUGCGUGGAAGUGUUACCCCUCGAAGCAAUCCAUCACCUUUGAAGUGGCCUUUAGUCUUGAAAUCAUGUUUGUUGAAAAACUAAACCACAUUUAAGAGGUCAGAAGACAGUCUCAGAGGGUGUGUUGACUUUUCUUUUUAGAACUCUAGUUACAGCUCAAGUGCCCCAUACAUUUUCAUUGAUGCUAGUCAGUGGCUUUCCAUACUUUCAUUCUGAGGGAGUUGGAAAACAAGCUAUUAUUGGCUUGCUGGGAGGUGUAAUAUCUAAAACACAAUAAAACAAAGACUCAUAGCCUUCAGCCAUUACAAUAUACAUGCAGUAGAAUAGACUUUGACUUAAAAAAAAUAAUUUGACAUGUAAGCUGUAGUAUAACAAUCUCAGUUUAUCUAAAAUGGAAUCUCAGUAAUAUAGGAUGAGAACUACUUUGAUGAGAAGUGUCAAGGCUCCAAGGAAUGGUUCUUACUUACCAUCAGUUGCAGAGUGUCCACAGAUGUUUCCCUAUUGGGGUUUUAACAUUCAAAUUAUCUUCAAUUUUCUUUUCAGUUAGGUUGGAUGCUGAAACAGUAGUUUUAAGGCAUGCGUAAAUGGCAUUUCUGCAGCAAAAAGCCUCCUCUCAUCUGCAACCUUCUGAGGAGCUAUGUUUUAUAGUUAUUCUAUAGAAGCUGUUGUGUAUAAUGCAAGCUGAAUAUAAUGUUAGACCUCUAAAAUUCUGCAGAAAAUUUGUCGUGCUGCACAUUCCAUGACAACAGCACCUAACUUCUAAUGGCACCUGACACUAUGUGCUAUUUUAGGUGAUCCUUUUUAUGUGUACUGUAUUGCUGUUCGUAUAAUACGUAGCACAAGUUCACCUGGACAACAGCCAAAGGAAAAGCCUUCAAGCCCCAUUUAUGCUGUGGUGAGGCAUAACUUGGGGCAAUAGCAGAAAUGGUGAUGGUACGCGCAUAGUCCCAUUCUGUAGAGAAUAUAUGGAGAGGACAGGGAAGCCAGUCUAGACUUCUCUUACAGCACAGAAAACUUUUUAAGGAGAAAAGAUUAUUUGCAUAAAUGAGUAAAGCCCUAUUCCUGUCAACCAUCUGCUAUUAAAAUGUGAAUUGGAUCUUAUCCAUUCUUAAUUUAUGUACAAAAUAACUUUUGAUUUGAAGAGUAGGGAAGACCUCAGGCUCCUAAUCUUUUGUCCUAUCAAAUAAGCAACAUAGAUUUAUACUACUUUUUUUUCUCUAUUGCACAAAAAGCUGGAGUGCUAGAAUCCAGAUGUUUCUCCCUGUCUGUCAGGCAUCAUUGCAGUGCACCGUAAAACAUGAGAGAGAAAAUCUCACCAAGAGAUUGACUAAAAUAGACUAUUGUUAUCCUUGAGAUGUGGUGGCACUGUCAACCAAAAUUAAUGGAAAUUUAUUGAACGGUGAAUUCUGCUGUUAUGGAGCAAAAGGUGUGCUGGAUUCAGUCAGCAAUGCCAGCAGCAACACAGCUGGAUCCAAAGCGUCUAGACAGGUCAUGCAAGUAUUCUUGCCAGAGCACUCUGGUAGUUGGUCCCAAUAAUAUGUUAUUAAUUUAAGAUUAUGAAGAAUGUUAAUAACAGUAGUUUUUUUUCCCUCUAGCUUUUUACUUUUCCCCCAUGUAUUCAUUUGAAGAUGUAACAUUGUUUGCGAUUACAGCCCAUAUGGGCAACUGCACAAUGGCCUAUUUCUGAUUGCAAAUUUCCCCCUUCUGUAUACAAUAUGUCCAGAUGAAUAUUACUCGUUGCAACAUUAAGCUAUGAAUCAGCCUAUUUACAGCUUUCCUCCAUGUGGUGCCCUACGAUGUGUUGGACUCUACCUCCUGCUAUCCCGCGUCAAAUAUAAGCACUGGCCAUGCUGGCUUGGGGUGACUGGAGUUUUAAUCGAACACACUGGGAGGGCACAAAAAUGAAAGUCUGUUUCAUAGCAACCCCAUAUAUUUGCAAAACAAGAGAUUAAAUAGAAUGCUGCAUUUUAAAAUUCUAGCAAGAACAACCAUUCCCAUAAAAGUAUUUCCUGCAUGAAUAAUGGCUGGCAUCCUGUUGCUGAAUUGUGGUGGCAUCAGUUGGCCCUGUGCUCUCACAACUCACUUCUUGGUUGUUGCAAAGGUUCACUACCAAUUGUCCAAUGACUAAGAUGCCCCCAAACUCACCUUUGCUCAGUGACAUCCCCCUGAACUUGGCCAUUGAGGGAGCAGCACACAAAUCUCCAGCCCUUAUUCUAUAGAAUAAUGGCAUCAUCUACAAUCCAUGCAGAUUGCUGUUGCUGUGUGUCCAGCUACAGUAAAAUGGCUGAAGGCUUGUCUGCUGCUCCCCCAGCUCUCUACUGACUAGGAAAAAGCCAGCUUUAGGCAGGGCUGCUGUUAAGGAGAGGUAGUUUGCGGGUUUCCCAGUGCGCGUUUCCCAAUGCAGGAUCUCAUCUGUUGAUGAAAUCCAGUAUACUUAUAUGGGCAGGGCAGGUGACGCACUGGAAACCAAAGGAUAUCACGAGAGAAGCAGAAUCUGUUUGUCUCUCUUGGUGUCCUGCCUUCAUUUUCUUUUACAUCAACUUCCCAAUGGAUUUGUCUACACCAGCAAAAAUAACCUGGUGGCAGUUCAGAAUGUUUUGCCCCAAAUUCACUCUGUUAGUCUGCUUGGUAAUUAUGUCAGUGCUUGUAAUAUACUGUACUGAAACUGAAAUGAUGUUCACCCAUUUCCUCUGUGUGAAUUCGAAUCAGUGCUAUUUCCCCCCCCCCCCCCGUUUCCUUCCCAGCAGAGCUCCACUGGUGAAUUCACUUGCCUUGAGGUCAGUGAAAGAAACUUCGCCAGCAGGCUCUGCUGGGAAGGCAGCAGUGAGGAAGAAAGAGGUUUGGUUUUUUUUAACAUGGCUGGGGCAAGUAGCACUGAACAUUU